UCAUUAAAACCUAAUAUACCUUUAAACGUAUUUAAAUCCAUUUCCCAAUGUGUCAUUUGGCAACAGCGAUUCAUAAUGUUAGAAUGAAAAAGCUCUGUCAUAAUAAAAAUGUCUCUAAAGUGUAUACAAGUAGCUGUUGGUCUAUCAUGUCUUAUUUUUGUAGCACAUUGUGGAUUGGAAGUUAUACCAGAGAGGACAAAACUGGUGUACGUAAACGAAAAAUACUUUUAUAAUUUUAGCGUUAACGUAAAACGAUACAGCAGAGCCAGUCCUUACUACCUGAACCUUGAAAUUACGACCAAACAGACAUGGACUAAUAACGUUACGAUGCACUUUAGUUUUAAUGAGUAUCUUCACAACGAGUACCGUCGAUCCUUCGUUGACCUUCGCCACAGGUUCUGUGAUCUGGUUAAAUAUGACAAAUUUAUUGGACCUGUCAUGAAACACGUUGGCUUUGAUUGCCCAAUGCCGGCUCGUACACUGCGAAUAACCAAUUUUACAAUGCCUCUGGAUAUAUUUCCUAACGUGUUACCAUUUGAGAAAUGUCGUUUUGACGCCGGAGCAACACUUACGGAAACCAAUGAAUCAUUAGCCCUGACGUAUAACUAUGUGACAUUCAGAGUUACUCAUCAUACGUGAAUACUCAAUAACAGACUUUAAAGCAA